CAUCCCCUUAGACCCAUACCUUAAUUUGUUGCAUAGAGUGCAUGACAUAACCAUAGUGCAAUGAAGAAGAAGAAGAAGAUUCUCCCAUGAAUUGUUCCUCAAGUUCGAACCUUUCCAACUCAAGAAUCUACUCUUUUGCCCCAUUCAAGCAAACCCCAUCCUUCUUCAAAAAAUGCAAACACAAAACAAGUCAUCUAACUCACUGAGUCAACUCGCUCAGAGCAUGUUCUCAUCCAACAACACCAUCAUGCUUGCCGCCAUUGUUUCUCUUCUCCUUGUAAUUCUCUUCGUCCUUCUCCUCCAUCUCUACGCCAAAUGCUUCCUCUCUCACUCUCACCCACCACCUCAACAACCUCCCCGCCGUCGCCGCCGCCAUCGCCGCCGUGCAACUCUCCCCGCCUUCCAGGGUCCACCCCAGUUCCAGUUCCACCACUUGCGCGUGGAAGACUCACCCUUUGCCACCAAAGGACUCGAUUCCGCUACGGUUUCAGCGAUUCCCGUGUUUGUGUACGAAGCAGAGAAGAAGAGGAAAACAGAGCAAGAAGAAGAAGACAGAGAGGAAUUAGAAUGCGUGAUUUGUUUGAGCGGUUUCGAAGAAGGUGAAAUGGGAAGAACAUUACCAAAAUGUGGACACGCUUUUCACGUGGAAUGCAUUGAUAUGUGGCUGAGUUCUCAUUGUAAUUGUCCCAUUUGCAGAGCUCCUGUUGUUCAUCAGAAUGAUACGGGUUCUGUUGAUGACGAAGAUGAUGAUGGUGUGGUUCAGAUUGUUAUUGGUACUCCGAGUUAUGAGAUUAGUGAGAGUGAGAAUGGGAACAAUGAUGAGGAUAAUAAUUCAGUUUCAGUUUCAGGUUCAGAAACUUCAUAUUCUUCUUCGUCUUUGUUGUUGGGGUGUUCUUUCAAGAGAAUGCUGAGAAAGGUUUUUGUCUCGUGA